CCUUCAAGGCUUUCCGUAGAGAUGUGCAAACACUGCGCGCGAUUUGUGAAUUGUCCGUGGCGUUUCCUAGUAGUUGUGGUUAUUACGGUAGUAAGUUAAAAAGGUAGUUUAGUUCAGAUGUAAACGUUAGCAUUCAAUUGAAUCCCAACAUAAGGGUAGCCAACAAGCCAUGACAACAAUGUCUGUUACCAGGAAUAUAGACAGUAGAUUGGAGAUGCUAACAAAUGCAGUGUUGUUUUAGUCCUCAUUGAGUUACUGAAAGACGAAACAAAAAUGAGAAGGAGUCGUGCUCCCAGCCAGGUGGCCAAACGGAAACAAGCUGAUGAUUCAUCCGAGGAGGAAGAGUGGAGCCCUUCCCAGGACAAACAAACGAAAGGGGAUAGCAAUUCCAGAGAGAGUUAUGUCGCCCCUUUCAGAAAGCCUCUAGCGCAGCUGACCAACCCUCCUCUGUGUGUAGACAGCAACCAGCAUGAAGCGUUCAUCCGAAGUAUCCUUUCCAAACCAUUUAAGAUCCCCAUUCAAAACUACACAGGUCCACUGGGAAUCAGGGCACUCGGUUUGAAGCGUGCUGGAGUGAGGCGUGCACUUCAUGACCCAUUUGCAGAGGGUGCGUUGGUUCUGUAUGAGCCCCCUACGCUGAAUACUCAGGACAUGCUUAAAGCAGACAAGGAGAAAAUGCCAGUGCAUGUAGUUGUGGAUCCAGUCUUGGGAAUUGUACUCAGACCUCACCAGAGAGAGGGGGUGAAGUUUCUGUGGGAUUGCGUGACGGGGAGACGCAUCCCGGACUCUUAUGGCUGUAUCAUGGCUGAUGAGAUGGGGCUGGGCAAGACGCUGCAGUGCAUCGCCCUCCUGUGGACACUGCUCCGCCAGAGCCCUGAUUGCAAGCCAGAAAUAGACAAGGCCAUUGUGGUCUCCCCUUCCAGCCUGGUCCGCAACUGGUGCAACGAGGUGGGCAAGUGGCUGGGGGGGCGGGUCACUCCAGUGGCCAUUGAUGGAGGUUCAAAGGAAGAAAUAGACCGAAAGCUAGUGAGCUUCAUGUGCCAGCAUGGCCUGAGAGUGCCGACACCAAUACUCAUAAUUUCAUAUGAAACCUUCCGACUUCACGCUGAGGUCCUACACAAGGGAAAGGUUGGACUGAUCAUUUGCGAUGAGGGUCAUCGGCUUAAAAACUCUGACAACCAGACGUACCAGGCUCUCAAUGCUAUGAGCUCCCAGCGUAGAGUGCUAAUAUCAGGCACCCCUAUCCAGAACGACCUGCUCGAAUACUUCAGUCUGGUGCACUUUGUCAGUGCUGGCAUCCUUGGUACAGCCCAAGAGUUUAAAAAGCGGUUUGAGCUUCCCAUUUUGAAGGGUAGAGAUGCUGAUGCCAGUGAUAAAGACAGACAAGCUGGAGAGGAGAAACUCAAAGAGUUGAUCAGCGUAGUCAACAGAUGCCUGAUAAGGAGAACGUCAGAUAUUCUCUCCAAGUAUCUCCCUGUGAAGAUCGAGCAAGUUGUUUGCUGCAGGCUGACCCCACUUCAGUCAGAGCUUUACAAGCGUUUUCUGAUGCAGGCCAAGCCAGUCGAAACUCUCCAGGAAGGCAAAAUAAGUGUGUCCUCAUUGUCUUCCAUCACAACACUCAAGAAACUGUGCAAUCACCCGGCUUUAAUCUACGAGAAGUGCAUGGAGGGUGCGGAGGGCUUUGAAGGAGCGUUGGAUAUCUUCCCUGCCGGAUACAGUUUGAAAUCUGUGGAACCUCAACUUUCUGGUAAAAUGUUGGUCCUUGACUACAUUCUGGCAAUGACGAGGUCCACAACAAGCGACAAAGUGGUGCUAGUCUCCAACUACACUCAAACCCUGGAUCUGUUUGAAAAGCUGUGCAGAUGUCGUAGUUAUCUUUAUGUUCGACUAGACGGCACAAUGUCCAUUAAGAAAAGGGCCAAAAUUGUGGAACGAUUCAACACUCCAUCCAACCCAGAGUUUAUUUUCAUGCUGAGCAGCAAGGCUGGCGGAUGUGGCCUGAAUCUGAUUGGUGCCAACCGCUUAGUGAUGUUCGAUCCCGACUGGAAUCCAGCCAAUGAUGAGCAGGCUAUGGCACGUGUGUGGAGAGACGGUCAGUUGAAGACCUGCUACAUCUACAGACUGCUAUCUACGGGAACAAUAGAGGAGAAGAUUCUGCAGAGGCAAGCCCAUAAAAAGGCCCUGAGCAGCUGUGUGGUGGAUGAGGAGCAGGACGUAGAGCGCCACUUCUCCCUGGGCGAGCUGCGUGAACUGUUCUUGCUCAAUGAGGAGACGACCAGCGAUACCCAUGACAAGUUCAAGUGUCGGCGCUGCGUCAACGGCAGGCAGGUUCGGGCGCCCCCAGAGGACUCGGACUGCACCGGCGACCUGUCCCAGUGGCACCACUGCUCCGACAAGAGGGGGCUCCGGGACCGGGUGCUGCAGGCCUCCUGGGACGCUGCCGUGUCCUUCGUCUUCCAUCAGCGCUCUCACGACGACCAGAAAGGGUUGGUGUGAGGGCAGACUGCUCCUAGGUUUUCUUUUACAGAGUUGGACACUUUAGGAUGCAAAAGCUAAGAUCGAAUCUUUGCCUAGUUAUUUUAUCUAAAACCUUGAAGAAAAUGCCCAAAUAAAAGCGAGGCAUCAUG